GUAUCGACUACAGGGAAUAAAUUGACUUCAAGAAUAUCAGAUGUCAGAGUUGGAAUUUGAGGAAACAUCUAUUGAUGGGUCACUUUCAAGAAAAGUAAAGGAUAUUACUGCUGGCUUUAUCGGGGGAGCCACACAAGUAUUAAUAGGCCAACCAGCAGAUCUUGUGAAGAUCAGACUUCAAACUUCAACCACCCCAACUACUUCAACUCAAGUUAUUCGCCUGGUCUUAUCAAAUGAAGGUGCUCUUGCCUUCUACAAAGGUACUCUUGCUCCACUUGUUGGAGUUGGAGUUUGUGUUUCAUUACAAUUCUAUGGAUUUCAUGAAUGUAAAAGACAAUUAUUACAAUAUAGUAAGCAGAAAGAACUUAAUUUAUGGCCACAAACUUACAUAGCUGGAGCAUUUGCUGGGUUGGUCAAUACCCCAGUGACAGCGCCAGUUGAACAAUUAAGAAUUCUUUCACAAUCCAAUAUUAAGAAACUGGGGAGUCCAUUAUUGGAAACAAUUAAAAAGAUAUAUAAAACCAAUGGGUUCACCAAUGGGAUCUAUAGAGGAUUUGGAAUCACUCUUAUAAGGGAAGUACAGGCAUAUGGGGUUUGGUUUUUGACUUACGAAUACUUAAUUGAAUGGAUUCAACGUCAACGAGGAUACAAGAGUAGAAACGAGAUCCAUACCCCAGAACUUCUUGCAGCUGGUGCUUUAGCAGGGAAUGCUUUAUGGCUUCUGAGUUAUCCUCUAGAUGUUGUCAAGUCAAACAUUCAAAGUGAUAAAUUUGGAAGUGAUUCUAAAUAUCAUGGGAAAGUUAAUCUUGCAAUUGCCGAUAUUUGGAAACGUCAAGGUUGGAGAGGAUUUUGGAAAGGGUUGACCCCUUGCUUACUUCGAGCAGUUCCCUGUUCUGCGGGAACUUUUGCUAGUGUCGAAUUAGCACUUAGAUUAAUGGGAUAGAAGUGUGAAGGAGAGACAAAAAUUAGUGGUAGUAUUUAAAAAAAGUACCCUUGAAGGUUUUACCACUAGUUUUGAAAGAAAUAUUAAUGAACUCUUUUUUAUAUAUUACAUAUUCAGUUUUAUUAUUUUU